AGGUUGUUAUGGUAGUGAUGAGAUGGUGAAAAAUUCAAAUUCGCUGUUACACUAGUUUUCUUCAAGAGUUUAUGUGGCUUGGUUUUUAUUCAAGUGUUGAAUUGGAUACGGCCUGAGAAGAAUAAAGACACCACACACUGGUUGUACAAAUUCGUUGUCAAUGGUGAGCUCAAAUAUGGCGCUUCGAUGGUGUGGCUAUCCAAUGCAGGUCAUAUUUAAAUCGACUAAGCCACUGUCGGUGAUGGUAUUGGGCUUGAUGUUUUGCAAGCGUUACACAAUUCUUGUAUUCGUACACGUAUUUUUUGUAUUCGUUAUUGUCACGGGUGUGAUUGUGUUCAAAUUCUUUGAAACCAAAGAGUCGAAACCGGUUAAAAAACCAAGCAGCGACAAAAUUGACGGUGAUAUGUCAGCAGCGUUUGGUUAAAAUAUCUGUCUUAGAUAAGAUAUUAAGAUAAGAUAAGAUAGAUAGUAUCUAUUAUCUUAUCUAGAUAAUUUUUCAAAAAUGUCGAAAGUCUUAUCUAUUAUCUUUUCUGUUUUUUUUUCGACUAUCUAUCUGUCUUUUUUUAGAUAAAAAUUAAGAUUUUCAUCAAGUAAUUAUAUCAGAGAUUCGAUCGAUACCAAAUGAUGAUUCACACUACAGAUUUGUCCUACUUGUUAAAUAAAUAUACACAUCCCAUUUAUAGAAAAAAAAUACACUUUAAAAUCAGGGUAAAUCACGUAAAUCUUCCAACUGAAAUUUUUUGUUGAUUGGGAUAUUUUUCAAAAAUUAAAGUUUUUUGGCCAAUUUUUCGUGCAUUUUUCACAAAACAAAAAAAAAAUUGAAGAAAAUUCAUCAAAUUGCCAUAUGAAUAAAGAAUGAUAUAUUUCUAAAAAGAUUAUCUUAAGAUAGCUCAAAGAUAUCUAUCUUUUUCGGAAAAAAGAUUUAAAAAAAGAUAAAUUUAAAAAAGAUAUCUAGAUAGAUUUGGACAUUUUUGAGAUUAUCUCGUUUUUUACUAGAUAUUUUUUCUGGGACAGAACCAAACGCUGUAUGUCAGCAGCAAUGGUUCAAAUAUUAGGAACCGGUUUGUGGGAGUGCUUGGUGCUAUUCAAGACAAAAUGCGAGCAGUUUCCAAGCCAACGUUCCGACAAUUGAUGUUCAACAUGUGCCUUUGGGUCUGUGGAUUCCUUUUAGUUGCCAUUUUAGUGACUCGCGAAUUUUUGGACGUUAUCCCAUUCAUUGGUCGUAAUCCAGAAGUCAUUUGGAUCUGUACGGAAAUUCAUCUCCGUUAUAUUAUCAAUCAUUUUCUUUGGAAAUCCGUCGACACCGAUGCAAUAGUUCGGUGCCGCUUUGGUAUUCUCAGGACUACUAGCUGAUGCUGCUUUUGGCAAGAAAAAGAGCAAAGCGGUGGUUGAAGAUACACAAGAUACAGAUGUCGAAAAUGCUGAAAAAACGGAGAAUGUAGAAGGAGAUGAUAACAAGAAAGACGAUAACUCAAUUCCAUGAGGACGGGAAAAAAACGAACCGAAAAAAAUAUUCAAGAAUGUCUUCAUAAUAAAAUGAAAUAUUUUUUGAAGAAAUUGAACAGUUUUUACAUACGGUAGAAACGCCGUUUUAAGUACUAUUUCUGACUGUGAUUCCUCUUAUUUUACUAUCUACUGAUAUGAGUGUUUCAACAUGUUUUUCUCUUUUUUAACCGCCCUUCUAUUUUUUGGAUCAAAUAUAUUUGAUUCAGGCGCUGAAAUUGAAGGAGGAAGAUGGAACUCGGUAAUAGUUGAUUGUAUUAGAAAACAAGCUUAUUAUGGAGUUUGGAAAAAUGCCCUUGAUGAAGCCGUCAAGGAAGGCGAUGUGAAAGGAACAGAAUGGAUCGCUAAAUAUUGUGUUAAAGACCCAAAGGAUUUGGAAGACCCUCUUUUAAAAAUGGCUGGAUACACUCACACAGAUUAUGCACGUAAAGGUCUUAUCGUCAAGAUUCUCAUUGACAAUGGGGUUAAUGUUAGUGCUAGAAGUUCAUACACACAACAGACUGCACUUCAUUUGUCUACUCACAAAUGGGGCCACGAUAUAGCAAAAGUAUUGAUUGAGCACGGUGCCGAUGUGAAUGCUCGCGAUACUUAUGGGAAUAAUACACCUCUCCAUCUUGCUGCUUCAUAUGGAAAAUUUGGUUUGCCAAACAUAAUUAAGCUUUUGAUUGAAAACGGUGCCGAUGUGAACGCCAAGAAUGAAAGGGGCGAUGUUCCGCUUCAUGAAACAGCAUAUAUCAAAGAAACAGACGAUUUGGCUAGGGCAAUCAUUGAAAAUGCCAAAGAUAUUGAUCUUAACGUCAAAAAUUACCGCGGGGAGACUCCUUUAACUGCAGCUAUUAGAUGGCAUUCACCAAAAGUUGCAAAACUUCUAAUUGAACGUGGGGCCGACGUUGAUGAAUUGGAUGAAAAUGGAAACACUCUUCUUCAUCAGGUUUUAAAUAAUCACAAUAUUGGCCGUGAGGCCACUAAGGUGGUCGUCAAAGCACUCAUUGAUCAUGGCGUUGAUGUGAAUGCUCAAAAUAAUGAUGGAGACACACCAUUACAUUUCACACAGGAAUUUUGGGUUGAAAAAGAAAUAGCCGAUAUGCUCAUCCGAGGUGGCGCAAAUAUCAAUAUCCGAAAUAAGAAUGGAACAUUACCUCAUCAUCAUUUCAGUGAUGAUGAACUAAAAUUAUUAAAUUUUUUUGCUGACCUAAAAGAAGACGCUGCUAGAGCUUUGAAUGAGAGUGGAAUCGACAUAAAUGCUGGAAAUAAUGAGGAAAGGACAGCACUUUUUGGGGCGAUUGACUAUAAUCAAACGGACGCUGCUCGAAUUCUCCUUGAAAACGGCGCCGAUGGCAAUAAUGUACUAUAUAAAGGCCUUACUCCAAUUCAGUAUGCUGCUUAUUGUUGCGGUAAUGCUGAUAUCGUAAGGGUUCUUAUCGAAAACGGUGCAAACGUUGAUGCUAGUAAUAAUACGAGAAUGACGGCACUUGCUUGGGCAGCUGAGAAAGGAUAUGCAAAUGUUGCCAAAGUCCUUAUUGAGCACGGUGCAAAUAUAAAUUGCAGAGGUUAUAAUCAGGAGACCCCACUACAUAUUGCAGUAAAAAAGACACGAAAAAGUUCGUCUUCCUCCGAACAAAUUGACAUCGUUAAAACUCUCAUUGAGAUGGGCGCUGAUUUGGAUGCUGAAGACGAAGAUGGAAGGACACCACUUUUUUUCGCUCGAUUUUGGGCCUACAGAAACGACAAAAUUGCCGCUUUUCUAAAAGAGGCUAAGGUUAAGCGGAAUGAAAAGAGACAGUGACACACGAAUCUGAAUACAAAAUAAUGUGAAAGUGCACAUCCUUUAAUAUUAUAUAACAUAAGAUAUAAGAAUAAGAUAUUUUGCUAAUUAGACUCACAUCGGUUUCUUGUUUGCACAAAUUGUACAAUUUGCACAAUAAAAUCUAGUUUGAAAGGAUUUUCAUAAAUUUCGCCACUUCA